AUGAAUCUAAAAAUCUAUCUUUUUAUACCUCUGGUGAUUAUUUUCGAAGCUGUCCAUUCUAAAACUCGUCCAAAAACUCCAGAUGAAAUAUGUGCUUUACCAUUGAAAAAAGGUUAUUGUCUACAAAAUAUACCACGUUUCUAUUAUAAUUCACUUGAAAAUAAAUGUCUACCAUUCACUUAUAAAGGAUGUGGUGGAAAUGAAAAUAGAUUUAAAACUAAAGAAGCCUGUGAAAGUAUGUGUAUGAAAAAGACAACAAUGAAAUCUAUAAAUAAUCAAUCAAGAACAACAACAUCAUGGCAAAAAGUUAAUGAGACAACGACACGAAUUAUCAAUUUAACAAAAUCAACUUUACAGAAAAAAUAG